AUGUUCGUUGAUUCUGAUUCGAAUCAGCAGCAGAUUGACCCUGUGAUUACCGGCUUCAAGACUCGAGAUGUACGCUUUCCAACGUCGCUCGAUCAAACCGGCUCUGACGCCAUGAAUGAUGUUGGCGAUUACAGCGCUGCGUUCUGCGUACUCGAAACAAGUAGCGGCCAUGCCGGGCAUGGUAUGACGUUCACGAUUGGCAGAGGCAACGGCCUGGUUGUACAAGCCAUACCGUACUUUGCGUCCGCACUCGUUGGCCACAACCUGAGUUCCUUGGUCAAAAACUUUGCGGCUACUUGGAAAGCCUUGACACGUGACUGUCAAGUUCGAUGGGUUGGUCCUGAGAAAGGCGUCACCCAUCUUGCGUUCGGCGCAGUCAUCAACGCAAUCUGGGAUCUAUGGGCAAAAUGUGCGAACAAGCCCGUCUGGAAACUGGUCGCAGACCUGAGCCCCGAGGAAUUUGUGCGAUGCGUACCCUUCGACUACAUCGAAGAUGCCAUCACACCAGAAGAAGCGAUCAGAUUGCUGACGCAAGUUAGCGGGCAGGAGAAGGAACAGAGGAUCCGGGAUGCCUACGAUGAUCGAGCCGUGCCGAUAUACACAACUAGUGCUGGCUGGCUCGGCUACUCGGACGAGAAGAUGUGCCAGCUGUUGGAUGAAAAUCGACGGGCUGGGGUUAAGCAUUUCAAGUUCAAAGUAGGUCGCGACCUGCAAGAAGACCGCAAGCGACUCAGACUCGCGAGAGAGAUUAUUGGCUACGACACAGCGAAAUUCAUGAUCGAUGCAAACCAAGUCUGGUCGGUCCCACAGGCGAUAUCAUACUUCAUCGAGGAGCCAACGAGUCCAGACGAUAUUCUUGGACAUGCAACCAUACAACGCAAUUUGAAGGGCCUUGGAAUAGGCGUUGCAACAGGAGAGAUGUGCCAAAAUCGUGUCGUAUUCAAACAGCUGCUCCAAGCUGAAGCCAUUGAUAUCUGCCAGGUCGAUGCAUGUCGCAUGGGAGGCCUGAAUGAGGUGUUGGCUGUGCUACUGAUGGCUGCAAAAUUUGGCGUCCAGGUUGUGCCUCAUUCAGGUGGCGUUGGACUACCGGAGCUCACGCAGCAUCUCAGUCUAAUUGACUAUGUAUGUGUCAGCGGAAAAGUCAGCCUUUUGGAGUAUGUAGACCACCUUCAUGAGCAUUUCCGACACCCUAGCAUGACUAAAGACGGGUACUUGAUCAGUCCGAGAGAAUCUGGAUACAGCGUCGAGAUGGUAGCGGAAAGUAUGGAUAAGUACACGUACCCAUCGCUAGACAAGAAGGGUUGGUGGGUCAGUGACGAGGCACGGAAGGUCCUGGACAGGCAAGCAAUAAAUUUCCCUCAAGUAUGA